AAAAAAGGCCAAUCAUACUAUUAUUAACGAAAAGCUUGACUAUGUCUCUAAAUUUAUCCCAUCAGAGUUUGGCCGCAUAUCUAGAAGUUUAGAUGAGAUUCAUAAUUGGAAAUCGACUGAGUUUAGGCAGUUUUUGCUUUAUUCUGGUAUAUUCGUUCUUAAAGAUUGUAUCAGUACCGAUCAAUACUAUCACUUCCUGCUGCUACAUAGUAGUAUUCGACUUUUGUCAAAUGAAAAAUCGCACCGAAUCGAAGCCGAUAUUGCCCAACAAAUGCUAACAGAUUUCGUAAAUUUUUUGGAAUUUUAUAUGGUGAUGAAUUGGUUAGCUUUAAUAUUCAUGGACUACUUCACUUGGCAGAUUGCGUAAAACAGUUUGGACCAUUAGAUUCUUUUUCAGCGUAUCGUUUCGAAAACUAUAUGCAGAAUAUAAAAAAAAUUGUAAAUAAACCCAAUAAAAUUCUACAGCAAAUAUAUCUUAGACUUCAUGAAAAACAGGAUAUUGAAUCAAAUUCAGAGAAUGUGCCAAAAUUUGCAUCAUUUGAUUUAAAUCCUAACAAGCCGAAAGAUAGUUUUUGUUUUAGUGAGUUGACAGGACCAAUGAAGGUAUUUAAUGUCAUAAAGUCUCAACAGUCGCAUCAAAUUGUCUGCAAAGUUUUCAGAAAGACUGAAAGCUACUUUAAUGAACCUGCAGAAUCGUCAAGUGGCCUAGGGAUUGUAGUCGCAAGUGAGUUAGAUGAAGAAAUGGUAACAGUUCCUAUCGAAGACAUUGAUUUCAAAUACUUUUGUAUUCCUAUCGAAGAGAAAUAUUUGCUAAUACCACUUUUACACCAUCUUUUUAACACAUUUUCCCAUUAACCACUGAUUUGCACAUUCCACUUUCAAUUCCACAACUUUCAAAUUUAAUAUACAAUUUUGGUUUUACUAAUAUAACCAAAACUGUAUAUAAAUGCAAUAUAUUAAAAAACAUAAUAACAAAUAUAAAACAUCAUAAAAAAUAUACAGUAUUGUUCAUAUGUUAAGCAACAAACUCCAAAUGCAAUAUGUUGAACGACAUUUUAACAAUACUGUAUAUUUUUAUGAUGUUAACCUAAUAUAAUUAAUAAAAUAUAAUAUAAUAAUAAUAUAAUUAUUAUAUAUACAAAUGAGUAACAUAUUCGAGACGCAAGAUGAAGGUGAGAUUCCAAUCGUUGAGAGGAUUGAGCGGCGCCAAUAUUCAGUGGGAAUAUCAAGAACGCAACAAAACUCAGAAUAUUCAGGAAAGGCUGGAAAAAUUGGAGGAAAAUAUAUGUAUAACUUUGCAGAGCCAAAAAACGCUUAGUGAAGGCCAAUCGUCACUGGUUCACAACCAAACUGCAAUAUUUGAAAAACUGAAUGAGAUGGAGUCGAAAAUUGUCGAAAAGGCUGAGGUUUUGGCGCAAAAUAAGUCAAUCAGAGAAUGCAAAGUUCUCUUAAAACGAGUUGAGCAGUCAGUGUGCCGCAUGACCGGCGAAGUGACUGAUAAGGAGCUGGACGACGUCGCUAGCACUUUUCCGAUGGAGUCGCAAGCAACAGUUGCGGAAGUGGAAGAUAGACUGCAAAGCCAAGACUAUGCCCAAGCAAUGGUAACCUAA